GUACCCCGACGGAAGUUAAUUCAUAGCGUACACACACGUGUUACUGUUUACAUAUUGCUGAAAGCAGCAACUCUCUUCUUAACGCAAAAUGGAUUGCCUACGAGCACUAGAACUGUACAGUGGAAUAGGUGGAAUGCAUUACGCACUGAAAGAGAGUGGAGUGUCAGCUGAAGUGGCGGCUGCUGUGGACGUCAAUACAACAGCCAAUCAGAUUUACAAACACAAUUUUCCAGAUACAACCCUGUGGUCUAAGACAAUUGAGGGUAUUACGUUAAGUGACUUUGACAAGCUAGAGUUUGACAUGAUUUUGAUGAGUCCUCCAUGCCAGCCCUUUACAAGAAUCGGACUGCAGGGUGAUAUAUCGGACCCAAGGGCGAAAAGCUUCCUGUACAUCCUUGACCUUCUUCCAAGGUUAAGCAAACUGCCACGUUUCAUUCUCCUGGAGAAUGUGAAAGGCUUUGAGACCUCCAGCGCUAGAGAUGCUUUGCUGACGACUCUCAGAGACUGUGGCUACAGCUUCCAAGAGUUCCUCCUCACACCCACAGCUCUUGGUAUACCGAAUUCAAGGCUGCGUUACUUCCUCAUCGCAAAGGCACCACCUGAUUCCUUUUCUUUCCAGACAAGCUCAGAGAUUUUGGAAAGCUUUCCAUCAUCCCUCAGUGUUGAGUCCUCCUCGGACUCCACCACAUCAUCAGUCUCUCCGUCUGAGUGCCCACACAGUGCAAACGGAGAAGACGGACACAUCCUAUACAAGAUGGAGACAGCCAAGGACGCCCAGAGGAAGAUUGGACAGAAUAAUGACCAGACGGUCAGGAGGAUACAGGAGUUCAUGGAGGUCCAGGGAGAAGAUGAUGAUGUGGAACGGUAUCUGCUGCCCCCUAAAACGCUAUUGCGCUACGCUCUGCUCAUGGACAUUGUACGGCCUACCUGCAGACGAUCUGUGUGCUUCACCAAAGGGUAUGGCCACUAUGUGGAGGGCACGGGCUCUGUGCUGCAGUCGUGUGUGGAGGAGGACAUGGAGGAGGCAUUCAGCUCCCUAGAGGAGCAGUCAGAUGAGGAGAAGCUGAGGAGGCUACAGAGGCUGCGACUGCGCUACUUCACCCCCAGGGAGAUCGCCAACCUCAUGGGCUUCUCUCCAGACUUCACUUUCCCAGAAGACAUCUCGAUAAAGCAGCGGUAUCGGGUUCUGGGGAACAGUCUGAACGUUCAUGUGGUGGCUCGUCUCAUCAAACUAAUGGUGUCGUGACCAGAAUUGGACUUGAUGGAUUAGUGAAAUGGAUAACAUUGUUAUGGAUUGGGAUAUCAUGGUGGAUGGACAGCUUGAAGGACAUUUUUGUUCUUAUUUCCCCAGAUUUGGACACUGUUGCAUUUUGAAGUGGUUGGAACACUUGAGGGACAUUUAAGAUCACGUGUUUCCUUCCUGUGUGUCCCAAGAAUGUCUCACAAUGUCUUUUCGUACAUUUUUAUUUACUGCACAGAAGGAAAAAAAAUGGGUGAAUUAUUUAAUAAAAAAUGCAUU